CCCCCCACCAUCGACCCCUCCCCCCUCAAACCCGAGACCACAACAGCAAUGACGUCAUCGCCGGCCACCUCGCCGCCGGUGACGUCAUCGCCGGUGACGUCGUCGUCGUCGUCGCGGAAGGGCAAGGGCGCCCCGUACGUGUGCGGGCUGUGCGCCAAGGAGUUCAAGAACGGCUACAACCUGCGGCGCCACCAGGCCACGCACGGCGUCCCCAACGCCGCCAACGCCACCAAGCGCGCCCCCCGCCCCUCCCCCACCCUGCUGCCCCUCCCCCAGGAGCUCCUGGACGCCCCCCAGGGCGAGGAGGGCGCGGCGGGCGGCGGCGGCGACGAUGGCGACGCGGCGGCCAAGAGGACGGCGGCGUCGGCGUCGGCGAGGAAGAGCCACGCGUGCGACACGUGCGGGAAGGCGUUCCGCGACGUGUACCACCUGAAGCGGCACCGGCUGUCGCACACGGACGAGAGGCCCUUCCAGUGCCCCGUGUGCCAGCAGCGCUUCAAGCGCAAGGACAGGAAUGGCGACAGGAUGGCGUCGCACGUGCGCUCCCACCAGGGCCACGUGCACAAGCCCUACGCCUGCGGGCACUGCGGCAAGAGCUUCUCCAGGCCGGAUCACCUCAACAGCCACGUCCGGCAGGUUCACUCCACCGAGCGGCCCUUCAAGUGCCAGACGUGCGAGGCGGCGUUCGCCACGCGUGACCGGCUGCGCGCCCACGCCGUGCGCCACGAGGACAAGGUGCCGUGCCACGUCUGCGGGAAGCUGCUGAGCGCCGCCUACGUCAGCGACCACCUGCGGGUGCAACGGCCCCGCCCCCCGCGGGCAGGCCACGCCCAGAGGUGGGGGCGGGGCCGGCGGGGCAAGGGGGAGGGGGCCGGUGGUUCCGGCUGCCCCGCCCCCUCCCCAAGCCCCGCCCCCGCCCCUCCCCCACCCCUGGACGGGACCCCCGGGGGCAGCCAGGGCUGGUGA